CUACCGACAAGUGCAUGGAGAUAGGGUCGCAUACGCUGAGAGCGAGCUGUUGCCGUUGAAUUUGGAGCCAUUGCAGCCAUCUUCACAGUCGACUUCGUGCGAGCAACUUCCUCAUCGGGCCACCGUGCCUUUCGACCGCACCGGUCCCAUCAACAGAAUCUCAUCUUAG